UUGUGAAAUUUCUCGUCAAUCAGGUGAUAGCAUCAUGAAAAAUAUUAAGAAUUCCAUUAUACUAUUUCUACAUCGAAGAGGUACAACAUUAUUAAAAGUCUUAGCAGUGGUGCUAUUCGUCUAUUUCACCUCCCGGAAAUUACAUUGCAUGGUCUUCAGACUAGAAAAUGCUGUCUGUAUUUCAAUCACAGGACGCAUGGCCAACGCAAUGUUCCAGGAAGCUUUUCUUUAUUCAUUUUCAAAAAAGAGACAUAAAUCGGAAGUUGUUUUUAGCAGUGAAAAUCCUCUUGAUGAUAUAUUUACCUUAGAAGGAUUGAACUGGAGGUAUGAUAAUACUUAUUCUUGCUCGUGUUAUUCUCUGUACCAGGACAAAUGGAACUGCGCAUAUGAUGAGACUUUGGAAAAUCUCGAACUUCCUCUGCAAGUCUGGGGAUUUUUUCAAUCCUGGAAAUAUUUCAAGGGUUAUGAAGAGGAAAUUCGCAGAAUGUUUACCUUCAAACCCCGUCUACAAAAAGCAGCCAAGGACCAGUUGAAUUCUAUUGUUGAUACCUUUGCAGACAAGGGAGUGACUGAGAAGACUGUUCUUGUUGGGGUCCAUGUACGAAGAGGAGACUACUUAAAUAAAAAAGAAUAUUUCUUUAUAGAAUAUGGUUACAACGUGGCCACUGAGGCUUACAUACAUAAUGCCAUAAAUUUUUACCAAGAAAAAUAUCAAGAUGUCAUGUUUAUUGUGUGUGGUAAUGGCGUCGCGUGGGCUCGAGAGGUUAUGCAGAAGUAUGAAAGAGUCCAUUUUGUGGACGACAAUUCUCCACCACGAGACAUGGCCCUGCUCACCAGAACCCACCACACUAUAAUGACGGUGGGAACCUUUGGGUGGUGGAUAGGGUGGCUAACUAACGGCACCACCGUGUAUUAUAAACACGCUUAUCAAGAAGGCACACACUUCAGUCAGGAAUUUCAUGGUGGUACCGAAGAUCACUUUAUACCAAAUUGGAUUGCUUUAGAUUGAUAAUUUUAUUCCAU